UUUUACUUCCUGUCAAAAAGGCCCCACAAACAAAGCUCAUAUUUACAGCAGUUUCCCCACAAAUGCAUCACCUCAUCCACGUCAGUCACACUCUUCCUUCUCUGCGAGCCUAUCAGCUGACUGGGCAAGUCCAUCACCCCCGUCCGUCGCAGCGUGGCGUCUGCUGCACUUCCUUUCGCAGUUAUUCCUGGACCUCUGCAUUUGUGUGCAGAACAAUAAACUUCAUGAUGCUGCCCUACUAAGAGGAAAUGCUGAGCCGGUGACUAGAAACGAUGGUUUUAGCUGCCACAGCACAAGGGCUGUAAGUGUGUGUGGUUGGCAAACAUGGACUUAGACCCUGGCAGCCGCCUGGCCUGGAUCUGAGUACCGACAUCUAUGGCCUCUCUGGGACGAAACAACAAGAUCCUGCUGGACCUGGUGCGGCAGCCGGGGAACGACUCCUGUGCUGACUGUGCAGCUCCCGAGCCCGACUGGGCCUCGUACACGCUCGGCGUCUUCGUGUGCCUCAACUGCUCGGGGAUGCAUCGCAACCUGCCGGCGGUCAGCAGGGUGAAGUCCAUCCGGCUGGAUUACUGGGACGACUCGCUGGUGGAGUUCAUGCAGGAGAGGGGGAACUCUGCAGCCAGAGCCGUUUUUGAGAAGUGCGUCCCGGCGUUUUUCUACCGGCCGCAGACAAAAGACUGCAUAGUCCUCAAGGAUCAGUGGAUCCGCGCAAAGUAUGAACGAAGAGAAUUCACGGGUGAAAGCAACUGCUUUCUGAAGACGUAUACCUCAGAACUGUUUGAGUCAACGCUCUGGAAGAAGGGUAAAGACAACAAGCAGUUUCUGAAGAGGGUCUUCCUGCUGUCACAGAAGGACUUCACCCUCAGAUACUUCAUCAAAGAGGACUCCAAGGUUCCCAAAGCCGUGAUCGGCAUGAAGGAGCUGAACGCAGGUUUCCAGCCUGAGAAGAUUGGCCAUCCUCACGGCCUGAGGAUUUCCUACCAGGAAGAUGAACAUAUGAGGAACCUGUUUGUUUACCACGAGGACGGGCAGACAAUCGUGUCUUUCUUCAACGCUGUUCGGGCUACACGCUUGGCUUACCUCGUGAAGAAACAUCCAACUCUCCGAAAUAAUGAGUUGAUACCUCAGAUCUCAACACGGUGUCUGAAGGAGGGCUACAUGGAGAAGACGGGACCAACGCAAAGAGAGCCGUUCAAGAAGAGGUGGUUCACGCUGUGCUGCAUGAACCGGAAGCUGCUGUACUUCAAAUCCCCACUGGACGCCACGGACCUGGGCGCCGUGUUCAUCGGCUCAGAGAACCACGGCUACUCGGUGACGGAGAGCAGCGGCCGGGGAGCGAGGGCCGGCCGGUGGCGCUGGGGCAUCACGCUGGAGACGCCGGGCCGGCAGUUCCUGUUCAUGUGUGAGCAGGAGCAGGAGCAGCGGGACUGGCUGGAGGCCUUCAGGACGGUCAUCGCCCAGCCCAUGUCCCCGGAGGACUACAACAAUGAGGCCAGUUUGAGGAGGAAGAAGUGACGUGGACUCGUCUCUGGUGACGUCAGAUCCUUCAUCAUUCAUUAGGAGAAAUCAUUAAAAUGUACUUUUACAUGAUGGAUUUACUGUCACAAAUUAAUUAUUGUAUUUAUUGAGUUUAAAUAUGACACUUUUUAUAUUUGUGUUGAU